AUGAGUCGCAAUCACCUCAACAUGGAUCACACUAAAUGUUGCAAUUCUUUCAUUCACAAUUCCUCAUCUGAUGUUGCAUGCAACAUGAACAAUCAUAAACUCGCAGUCAUUGGCAUGUCAUGUCUCUUUCCUGGACAUGCACACAAUGUUGGUUCUUUUUGGAAUCUUUUGUUGAGUGCAUCUGAAACUUGUACUCCACACUAUCCAUCGAACAGAAUUUCAUCCUCCAAAUUCAAAUCUCAUGCAUACACUGCUGGUCACUUUCUUGAGAAACCAUUGGAUGAAUUUGAUUUUGAAUUUUUCGAAAUUUCAAAAAAGGAAGCUUGUUCCAUGGAUCCUCAACAUCGUUUGUUGCUUCAACAAGUUUAUCAUGCCUUUGAAGAUGCAGGUAUUCCAUGGAAUGAGAUUAAAGGCAGCAAGACUGGUGUUUUUUGCAGUGUCAUGAAUCAGGAUUAUUUGACCAUGAGAGGAUGGCAUGACAUUCAAGACUAUAAUUCCUAUACUUUGAUUAAUACAUCACCUGCCAAUAACUCGGCAAGAAUUUCCUAUCACUUUGAUUUGAGAGGUCCAUCCUUGACUUUGGAUACCAUGUGUUCGGGUUCCUUAGUGGCUUUGAAUUGUGCAGCAGAAAGUUUGAAGAGAGGAGAAUGUGAGAUGGCCAUUGUUGCUGGAGUCAAUUUGAAUUUCAUUCCUCAUGAAUUUGUUGCUCAGAAACUCAUUGGUGCUGCUGCAAAAGAUGGAAGAUGUAAGACCUUCUCUUCUAGGGCCGAUGGCUAUGGAAAGAGUGAGGGAGUAGGUGUUCUUAUUUUGAAGAGAUUUUCAGAGGCUCUUUCAUCCAAUGACAGAAUUCAUGGACUCAUUGUUGGUACUGGAGUGAAUCAUGAUGGAGAUGGUAAAUCAGGAAUUACAAUACCUUCCUUUGAGGGUCAACUCGAAUUGCUGCAAAGCGUGUAUAAGAACAAUGGUAUUGAACCACAUCAAGUCUCCUAUGUGGAGGCUCAUCAGACUGGAACUAAAGUAGGAGAUCCUAUUGAAUGUAAUGUUUUAAAUCAUUUCUUUGGAAAGGCAAGAAAACAACAUGGACUAGACAAAUUACCAAUCGGAUCCGUGAAGAGUAAUAUUGGCCACACAGAAGCAGUGAGCGGAAUUGCAAGUAUUAUCAAGGCUCUCUUGAUGAUGAAGAAUCAAACUUUGGUUCCAACCAUUCAUUGCCAAGACUUGAAUCCAGAAAUUCAAUUCGACCAAAAGCAUUUGCGAGUGGUGAGACAAGUCGAACAACUUCCCAACAACGACCAUUCAAAUCCAAUCAUUAUUGGUAUCAACUCGUUUGGAAUGGGUGGUACCAACGCUCAUGCUAUUUUGCAAAGUUCUGACCAGAAGAAGGACAACCGAACGUUAGGAGAAGAAUCCCUUGUGGACCUUCUCUCUCACAAACAAAGAAUUCUUCCAUUGGCUGCAAAGAGUGAAUACUCGCUAAAGAAGAUGGCUUCUAACCUCUCUAAAUUCCUUCAAGACAAUUCUCAAACAAGUUUGGAUCAACUCUUGUAUCAUUAUUGUGAACGAAAGAGCCAUUUCAGCGAAUUUAGAGCUGCCGUAAUUUUUGAUCACAAAGAUUCUCUCAUUGACAGUUUGUCAAAACUCUCUGAAAAGUUUGAGAAUAGUGACCAAUGUCAAACAGGAAAAACAAACAAACGCGAUGGCCGUUCAGAAAUUUGUCUUGUAUUUUCUGGUCAAGGUCCACAGUGGUACAUGAUGGGUCGACAACUACUCGAGUCAUGCCCAGUGUUUAGAGAGACUGUACUGAGAGUGGAUCAAGAGUUGAAAAAGUAUCAACAAGCUGGAGAGAAUUGGUCCAUCAUGGAUGAAUUAGGUAAUAAGACUGAGAAGGAUUCUCUUAUUUAUUCAACCCAUGUUGCUCAACCUUGCAUUUUCGCACUUCAAAUUGCACUUUAUGAAGUGUUGAAACAAAAUUCUAUUCAUCCAAAAGUCGUUGUUGGACAUUCAGUAGGUGAAGUUGCAGCUGCGUAUGUGUAUGGAUCCAUUACUUUUGAGGAAGCUAUUUAUUUGAUUUAUCAUCGUGCUCGAUUACAACACAAAUGUAAGGACAUUUUGAAGGAAAAGUAUUCCAAGUCAGGUAAAAUGAUGGCAAUUAAUUUAGGAUUGGAGAAAACCAUGACUACUUUAGAGAUUCUCGGUUUUAAUAAUUCAGUUGAAAUUGCCUCUAUUAACAGUGACCACUCAGUGGUCGUUGGUGGAGAUGAACAAACGUUGAAACAACUUCAACAAGAGAUGACUAAAUAUUUCGAGACAGACUCCACCAUUCGUAUAAAUUGCAUCUUUUUGAGAAAUGAAGCUGCAUUUCACACAAGCCAAAUGGAUGAAAUUAAGAAUGAAUUGUUAGAAAUUCUUGACAAAAAGAUGCAACUCAAGGAAAGAGGAACCAAAUCCAAUGAUCAUAUUCAAGCUCUCUUUUCCACUGUUUAUGGUACCAAGGUAUCCCUUCAAGACAUGAGUACUUCACAAUAUUGGUGGCAAAAUGUGAGAGAAAGUGUCAAGUUUUCACAAACCAUGGAAGACAUCUUUGAAAGAUACAAGACGAUGAAAUAUGUGAUUGAAAUUUCUCCUCAUCCAGUGCUAAGCGGAUACAUCAAAGACAUUGCAAGCAAAGUACGUGGAUCCAAUGACACUACUAUUGUGCUUCCAACCUUAAUGAGAAAGAAAGAUGAAGAGGUUUGCAUCAAGCAAUUGUUAGCUUCUCUUUAUGUUCAUGGUUAUGACAUGAAUUGGAGGAAUAUUAACAAGUUUCACUCUUGUGAAUUGAUCGAUUCUCUUCCAAAGUAUCCUUUCCAAUUGCAAUCAUGUUGGUCCGAAUCGUAUGAAUCCUUGAGAUGGAGAAUGUGUCCUCCAAAGUUGGGUAUUUCUCAUCCUUUAUUAGGUUCAAGAAAACACAAUCCAAUCGAAUCGUAUACAGACAUUGUCUAUGAACAAAUCAUUGACAUAUUCUCAAAGCAAGAGCAACAAUAUAUUCAGGAUCAUCGAGUUCAGAACGAAGUGUUUUUCCCAUUUGCAGGUUUUAUUGAAGUUGUUGCUUCUGCUAUUAUGAAUCACUUUGAAUUGAAUUCAAGCACUUCUGUUGAACUCUGCCUGAAAGAUUUCAAAGUCAUUUCUCCAAUGAUUUUGAAGGAAGUGAGAACUCUUCAGGUUCAUAUCAAUACUCAAUCGAAUCAAUUCCGUGUAUUCAGUCGAAGAAAGAUUGAUCUUCAUUCCAUUCCAUUCUCUGAAAUUUCAAAGAAUCCAAAUCAACUCAAUGAAAAGUUGCCAUGUGAUUGGGUAUUGCAUUCCUAUGGAUCAUUCAUCAUCAAGCACAUCCAACAACUUCCACCUGUUCUUGUUCCCAAGACAGAACAUGAAGAAAAGGCUUUAAAACUUUUUGAAACCUUCCGAACCAAAUUGGAUGCAAAAACAAAGACGACGCAUAAGGAAAAUCUCUACCCUCGACUGUCCAAGUUAGGUUUGAAUUAUGGACCACAUUUUCAAGGAUUGGAUGUAUUCUCUCAGGUUGAAAAAGAUGAGACAUGUACCUCCUAUAUGGCUCAAGUCUCAGAACCAUCUAUUCUCUCCGAGACCUAUACAACUGCAUCAUACAAUGUAUGGCAUCCCGCCUUGUUAGAUGCAUGCUUCCAACUUUUAAUUUGUUCCAUGCCUGACGAUACCACGUACUUGCCUGUUUCAACGGAUUGUAUUUUUAUUUAUCCUCAAAAACAACCGAAAGACAAAAAGUAUCACAUGGUCUAUGCAACUGCCUAUUCUGCAAGGGAUUCCCAACGAGAAAAAGAGGACAUGAUCACUUGUGAUUUACAAGUUUUAGGUAUGGGAAAUGAGCCAUUCAUUUCCUUUCAAGGAUUUAAGGCUGCUCCACUUGAGAAGCGAUCGAAAACACUUUCAGAGACAUCUAUGGUUGCCUCGCACUUUGUUGCAUCUCCUGUCAUGAUUCCAUGCCAAUUACCAUCAUUAGAAAGUAUCCAUGAGUUCAUAUCAAUGUUUAACGAUCUGGAUGAGUAUUCCAAAGAACAUGAUGCAAUGAAUAAGCUAGCCAUCAGAAUCUGUGUUCAGUAUUGUCUCUCAGUAUUUAGAGAAAUGUGUGGUGAAGAAUCACGAAUUGAUAUUCAAAUUUUACAUUCUUUGAUCAAGGAAGAUCAUUUGAAGAAAUUGGCAUCACUCACAAUACAAUUUGCUGAAAAUUUCGGAAUGGUGAAAAGAGAUCAUGUUUUUAACACCUUCACGAUUAUUGACCCAAUUUCAGACAAGAAGGAAUUGUUGAGAGAGUUGAAUAAUUUCUCAAGAAAGGAUUUGUAUUUGAAUCUCAUUGAUUUGAUCGAAAACAGUUUGAUUCAUAUGAAGCAACAAUUAACAGGUGAGAUUGAUCCUGUAACAGUUCUUUUCUCAAGAAAGGAAAAGGCUCUCAAUGAUUAUUAUGAUGAAGUUUCACACCAAACCAAGCCAUUCUUUGAUUUUAUUGUUAAAAGUAUUUUGACACACAAAAGUAGCAGUCAAAAGAUGACUCUUAGAAUUUUGGAAUUGGGAGCUGGAUUGGGAGGCACCACCAAACAAAUCUUACCAAUUUUACACUCUCUCAGAGACUUUUUAGAUGUGAAGUAUGUCUUUUCAGAUAUUUCGACCUUAUUCUUGAUGAAAGCAAAAGAAAAGUUUGCCGAGUAUCAAUACUUUAUGGAUUUCAUGGUAUUGAACAUUGAAAAAGCACUUCCUCCUUCCAUUGAAAAGGAAUCCUUUGAUAUCGUUAUUGCUGCUAAUGUUGUUCACGCUACUAAGGAUUUAAGUUGUGUCUUGUCUCUUGUGAAUAGCUUGCUUGUUUCUUAUGGGCAAUUAUUCCUUGUUGAAAGUGAUCCAAAUAGAGCUCAAUUUUUACACUACUUUGUUGGUACCUUAAAGGGAUGGUGGUAUUUUAAAGAUUCGUAUCGAGGUGAAUCAGCUCUCCUUUCUCGUGAUGAAUGGAAACAAGCAUUAUCGGACUGUGGUUUCAAAAACAGUGUUUGUAUGUCCAUUCACUCUGUAAAUUAUAUGGUAGCUCAAAAGGAUGUUUCAAUCAAGAGGAAUUGGCUCUUCUUUACUUCAAAAUCAAAGUUAGAGGAUUCCCUUGCUCAUUCCCUUUCUUUGAAUGGAGUAAAUGUCAUUCAAGUGAGUGCAAGAGUUGAUGCAUCAUUUACUCAUGAUCCAAAGAUGCAAUCCUUCGAGAUUGAUCCAACCAACUUGGAACAUUUCCAUCAAAUCUUUCAUCAAGUACCUUUUAUUUCAGGAAUCAUUUUUGGGUGGCCACUCGGUUUGGCAAGUAAGGAAAACAACUUUUCCUUCAAAGAAGUUUCUGAUUGUGUGGAUGGAUUAUACUCAAUUUGUAAGAACUUGAAAUUCAACGCAACAGGAACUAAAUUAGUAGCUUUGACCUCUGGAGCUUUUGCAUUUGAGAACCAUAUCAAUAUUUCACAAUCGCCAAUCGUUGGAUGUUUGCGUUCUAUUUAUACUGAAAUGUUUAAGAACAAAUUGAAGGUUAUUGACAUUGUCACUGAAGAGAGAUCAGAAUCCUUAGUAGCACGAGAUGUAGCCAAUGACAUUCUCUCUCCACAAUACUCUGACGAUGAAAUUGUUUAUAGUGAUAAUGGAAGAUUUAUUCAUUACUAUUCAGUUGUGGAUACAAACACCAUCACUCACAAAACAACAACUCCAUCGCCCUAUCAAGGUCAUUGGGUGAUUACUGGAGGACUUGGUGGAAUUGGUUUGGCCAUGUGUGAAUGGUUGAUUUCAAAGAUGGGAGUUAAACACAUUGCCUUACUUGCUCGAAGACAACCAAAGACAGACGAACAAUAUGUGUUGGAUAGAAUGCUGUUGAAUCAUCCAAACGCUUCAAUUUCCGUUCAUGUCACAGAUAUUUGUGAUUCUAACGUGUUAUAUGGAACUCUUAAAGAGAUUCAUCAGAAAUGUCCAAUCACAGCCGUUGUUCAUGCUGCUAUGGUGUUGGCAGAUUGUGCAGCAAACAAAAUGACUCGUUCUAAUUAUGAAGCUGCUGCAAAGCCAAAGAUUAUUGGAGCUUUUAAUCUUCACAAAUGCACCAUGGAUCUUGAAUGCAAUUUGUCUGUGUUCUUAAUGCUUAGUUCUUUCAGCUCUCUUGUUGGUGCUUUUGCUCAAAGUAAUUACAACAGUGGAAAUUUGUUUUUAGAAACUUUGUGUAAAUAUAGAAGAAACUGUGGACUUGCUGCUCAAUCCAUUGGUUUGAGUUUAAUCACUGGUGCAGGAUGGGCAACAAAGGCUGAAGUGGAUGAAUACUUUUGGGUUGGAGCAAUGCAUAUUAGUGAUUUACUCGAUCAUGUCGAAGAUUUAAUUGCCAAACAAUCACUUUUACCACCAGCAUUGACAUUCUUUGGAUUUGACAUUCCUGAAGAUACUCUUCAACCUCAUAUUGCAAGAUCGAACAAAAAGUCAACUGACUCAACUCGACCAAUGAAUAAUUCUUCCACAUUGAACAAUUCUACAGAUGAUUGCAUUGGUAACAAAUUGAAAGAAGCAAUUGCUAAAGUUUUUGGUAUCUCUGCUAAUGAUCUUUUAUUGGACAAACCAUUGGUGGACUUUGGUUUGGAUUCAUUGAUGGCUGUUGAAAUUAGAAAUUGGUUAUCUCGUGAAUUUAACAUGAAUGUUACUGUUUCGACAUUACUCUCUGGUGUCUCAACCUCUACUUUGAUGGAUAUUAUUGCCAAUUCUCACAAUUCUCAGGUAUCAGGAAGUAGCUCUCAAAAUCCGAGUGACAACAAUAACAACAAUAGAAACAAUGAGCUUUCCAACACAAUUGUGCACAAUGAAGAAUUACUUGAAUGCAUUCAAGAUCAUGUAGAAAAGAAGGUUUUAAUUUGCUUCCCAGCAUUAGGUAGUUCAACAGAAGAUUUGAAAGAGUUAUCAACGAUGGUCACUAAUCACUCCAUUUAUGUCGUUCAUUUGAACUUUUCAAAGAACAAAUCAGACUGGACUUUACAUUUCUUUGAAUUGUGGGCACAAGUUGAAAGACUCUUCAAAUUCGAACAACAAGUGACAGUGUAUGGUCACAGUAUGGGAGCGUUGGUGGCUUUGGAGUUCACACGAUUUAUUCAAUCCAAUUUCAAUACCAAACCAAUGCAUCUGAUUGUGAGUGCCAAUACUCCAAAUAAUGCUUUGCACUCCAAUGCCUAUAAGAGAUGGAAAGAAAAUGGCGAUGAAACAAUUAUCUAUGCAAUCACGGAUUAUGAGUUAUUCCCAACGAUUACUGCAAAUAUAAACGAUGUGGAACAAAAGGCAUCAAAGAUUAGAGAUUUACUUCAAAUUCCUACUUUUAGAAAUCAAUUCGAUUUCUUAUUGUUGUACCACAGCUUUGAGGAUGACAUGUUUGGAAAGUAUCAAGUCGAGUGCCCAAUUACUGUGUUUAGAGGUCAGCAUGACAAGCUUGUGACUGAAAAGACAAUUCAUAAUUGGGACAAGUUUGCUGCAAGUUCAAUCAGAAAGAUCACACUCGAAGGUGUUCAUCACAAUCUCACUUCUCAAUACCUUAAAGAAGUCUCAAAGGCAAUCAUUCUCUUGAAAGAAGUUGAAUGUGCAACCGCAACAACAUUGAACUCACAAAUCACUCAACUCUCAACUUGUAUUGAUCCUGCUCUUUGUGACAACAAUGAAUGGAUGGUGACCUUGAUUGAAUCUUUAACUCCAUUAGAACAAACCUUGUUCAUCCCAUUCGUUGCAAGAGGUUUGGAAUCACAACAUGAUGAUGGAGUUAUUUUUGAUCGUGUAGCUUUGGACAUUCUUUCAAAACUUCCUCAUGAAUGGCAACAACGAACAUCCACUGAUGGAAUGACAAGAGCAAAUAUUGUGGGAAGAACUCUUGUAUUCGAUCGAAAAGUGCUCGACAUUGUUCAUCGAAGAAGAAAAUCAAACAAGAUCAUGAUGGUGGUCAAUCUGGGUUGUGGACUUUGUUCUCGCUAUGAAAGAUUAUUCGACAGAGUCAAUGAUGGCGUUUACUGGAUUGAUGUCGAUUUGAAAAAUGUUAUUGAGUUGAGGGAGAAAGUAAUUAGAACAGCACCUCAAAAUCUUCACUAUAGAACAAUGUCAGGUUCAAUACUGGAAAAGUCUACCUAUCGAGAACUUGUAGAAAUUAGAAAACAGUUACAGGAUGGACAGAAUGAAAUUCCAGUCCUUGUCAUUGCAGAGGGUUUAUUCCUUUACUUUGAUCAUGAUCAACUUGUGAAAAUAUUUGAAAUGAUUGAGAAUGCACUUCCUCUAUGUGAUGUCUUAUUCGAAAUGUCAGGUCUUGUGCCUUACUUGAUGACACCAAAAUCUGUAAAGUCUGUCAAUAAGGGUGGACCAUUUAAAUCAUUUGUCAUUGAUGCCAACACGAGUGUGAGAUCUCUUCACAAGAAAGCAAAAUUGAUUUCUGAACACUACCAAAUCGAAGAGAGACAACAGUUAGGUGGUGUCAAUAUAACUCGAUAUCCCUUUGUACCACCAAGCUGGAUUCCAUUUGCUGGAUUAUUGGCAAGUAGUAUGAGAGUAUUACAUAUUCAAUUCCAACCUCAUGAGAGUAUACAACACUCCCAGUUGCUUCCAUACAGUACUAUCAUGCAUGUGUUCAUUCACAUAAUAAUGGUAUUUGUGUUCAUCGUUCUUGCUUUAAAACUAGUCAUGGGAUUGCAAUAA